UAAAAGGAGCUCUUGAUUUAAUUUAUUUUAGUAUUAGAGCACAUCUUAAAUGGAAGAUAGCUGCGUGCAACUGGCCCUCUGCUUGUUGCAAUUGUCAUCCCAGGACAGGUUCUCAGUCUGCACUCAUAAGACUUGAUGCAGCAAGGCAAGGCGUGCCGUAUUGAGUCGUAGGCUACAUGUGUUAACUGGGAGGGUGUUUUUCUAAAAUAGUUUACAAGAGGGCCGGACUGCACCAUUUGAAAGCCACAGCGUCAGAGCUAUCAUACCCAACAGCUUUUGCUGCUGUUUUCAUUUCUGGCUAUAUUCUGUGUCAUUGACGUCGGUAUCGACUCACACAGGACAGGAGCGAGAGCCGCUAUAGUUUUGAUCAUGGGGGCGACUGAAUCUAGGCGGCCGGAGGAUAGCAGCAAGAGCGAGGACGGGGGAACUGUGGCGAAUGAGGAAAGUGUGAACGAUGUCCAGGGUGGCGAGAGUACUGAUGCGAAGUUACUCCAAAAGAAUGGACAGAUCUCCGGACUGAGUGAAAAAGCAGAGGACCAGACUGAGGAGGUCAAUUUCCUGUGUGAAGACGGAGUCGUUGCAGAGGUUGGUGAGACAAAUUCAUCUAUUGUUUCUCAGAAAGAGGACAUUCCGGAGAUGAUAGAGACUCUCACAGAGGAGGUACCGCCUCUGGAAAAUGCAGACAGUGAUGGGAAGGAAUCACCGGAUGCAGACGACGAAGCAUCAACAAAUGAGACUGAAACAGACGUUAAAUUGAAUGAAGUCAAUGAUAGUUUUAAAAAGUUCUUCAGUUCAAUUGGUUUAAAAUUCACAUUGAAAAAAGACUCUGACACAAUACCAGAAGUGAGCCCUAAGAAAGAAGAGGGUGAAGCACGUAUUCCCGAAGACAGCAAGGAUACAGAGGAGACCACUAUAGAUAAUGCUGAGGAGAAUACUGAGCAGAGCACGCCUGAGGAUCUGACUGAUGAUACGAUAAAAGAAUGUGUUGGCCAUAUACCAGACCUUGUAGAUGAUACACUAGAAGCAUAUAUUGACAAAGCACCGACCAACGUUGUUGCUGAUUCACCAGUGGAACCGGCUGAUGAUUCUACCUCUCAUCCUACGAUGACGGACCUCACAUUUGAAGAGUUCCUUAAUGAAACCACCAAGGAACAGACCACUGAAACGAUAGAAUCAAAGGAGGAAAUCACUCCUGAAGAAGUGGCACAGGCAGAGGGAGAGGCACCAGCCAUACCCAUUCCUAUAGUUGAAGAAAUGUCUCCAUUUAAACGUUUUUUCCUGACAGGAAAAAUACACAAGCAGGUCAAGCAACCCAUGAAACAACCCAAGGAGGAACCUAAGGAGGUAGUCAUGGAAGAACCCAAGACAGAACCCAAAGAAGAGGUCAAUGAGGAACCCAAGGACGAAGUCAAGGAGGAAGUAAUCCCUACUGAAGAGACAGACACACCAGCACCAACCAUUCCGGAUGUUGAAGAAGAAAUUAUAUCCCCGAUUAAGAAGUUUUUCACCACGGGAAUCUUCGCUGGUUUAAAUAAAAAUAAAAAAUAUUUAGGAGAGGAAACACCCAAAGAUGAAACUGUUGAGAAAGACCGCGAACUGCAAAGCAUUGAAAAACAGGAGGAUGUAAACACACCAGAGGAAGCUAGUCUUGAGCAAGAACAAACAAAAGACGAGAUCAGUCCAGAUGUUGAGACAAUAUCGGUCAUUGAGGGGAAACAAAAUGAGAAUGAAGUUCAAGAGACAGUAACAGAUUCCCUGAUGGCUGAGACAUCCAAUGUCCCUGAACUGAUGAUGAGUAAUGUCCCUAAAAUUAGUGACAAUAGAGAGGAUGUCCUUGAAGAGCAGCCAGCUACUGAGGAAUUACAGACAAUUAUCUCAAAUGGAGCUGAACUUCUUAGCUUUCAAGAGGAAGCUAAAAGUCAAGGAAGUUCAGUCCAGGAUAUUCUUGAAGAGCAGUCUCCUUCUUUGGGAUUUGUAACAGUUAUAACAAAUGAAGCUGAAACAAAUGAAGACAAACUUCUUAGCUCUCAAGAGAAAGCUAAAAUCCAGGAAAGUCUUGAAGGACAGUUUCAUUCAUGGGGAUUCGUCACAGUCACAGAAUAUGUUCCUGAAGAGGAGCCAGCUCCUAAGGUAUUACUGACAGUUACCUCAAAUGAAGCUGAAACAAAUGAAGCUGAAACAAAUGAAGCUAAACUUCUUGACUCACAAGAGAAAGCUAAAAGCCAAGGAAGUCCUGUCCAAGAAGAGCAGUCUCCUUCUUUGGGAUUCCACACAGUUAUCUCAAAUGAAGCUGAACUUCUUAGCUCACAAGAGAAAGCUAAAAACCAAGGAAGUCCACUCAGGAAGCUCUUAUAUGGGGCUGGUUUGAAGAAGCUUUCUAGGAAGCGGAGAGGUAAGAAAUCAGAUGAGUUGACCAGGUCUGGUGAGCAUGUUACUGAGGAUUUACUGUCAUCCACAGAGUCAGAGGAGUACCAGAGAGGAGAACAUCCUGCCUCUUCAACAGAAGAAUUAGCAGCAGAACAGGUAAAAAUGUCUGCUCCGUUAGGGUCAAGCCACGAAUCAGAUAGUGAUGUAACCUCUGACGGUGAAAGGAAAAAGGAUGGCACCUGGACUUCUUUCAAAAAGCUAAUGACGCCCACAAGACGUCCCAAAAGAUCUUCUGAGAGUGAGGAUGAGUUAGCACUUGUAGGCUCACAUGAGGAGCCAAAGCAAUGUGAAGGAGAGCAGGUACUAGAACGUUUCACAGAAGAGACCAAAAAGAAAGUAGAAAUGUCUGUUUCUUGGGAGGCCCUCCUAUGUGGAUCUGCAAAGAGGAGGGGAAGAAAAACAUCUGACUCAGAGGAGGAAGCACCCAUGAAUGAAGGUGAAACACUAAGUGAACCUGGAAACACUGCAGAGUCUCCACUGGACAGUUCUCAGGAGGGAGGUUAUGAACAUUUGACCUCUUCCCCUGAGCAAGCUGUAAGUCCCUUAGAGAGUGAAGGGGGGUCAACAUGGAAAUCCCUUAAAAAGCUGGUCACCUCAAAUAGGAAGGCAAAAACCGAGGAGGCCAGCAAAGUUAGCUCACCAGAGCAGAUGGCAUCUGACAGCGAAAUCACCAAAGAGGAGUCUUCAUUUUCUCUAAAGAAACUCCUCCCUGGACGCAAAAAGCGAAAGAAUGGAGGAAAGCAGGAACCAAUAUCUUCUGACGAGGCAGAUAAAGGUGUUGGAUCAGAUGAUGAGGAGGACUCUGAAACACCAGCAGUGGUCCCCAUGUCCGAGUUUGAUGCAGAAGAGCUAGGAGAGAAACACAGAAUAUUAACUGAGGCUGUUAUAGAAACUCCAUUACACAUUACAGAAGAAAUAACCCAGCCAGAUGUCUCUAGGCUGGUCACCGAAUCGGCCAUAUCCAAAGACACCCUGCCCACUGAAGCAGAGAAGGCUCAAGCCAAAGAUACUGUGGAGCAGUUGGCCCCAUCAACAUCCCCCACUGCUACGAAAGACUUUGAGGAUCUUACGGAAUUCAUAAGUAAACAUCAGCAACUCAGUGAUAUACCUGAGGAAGGCGUAAUAGAGGAGACCAUUGCCACACAAGUGUCCACUGCUGAAGAAGCCACUCGAGACGAUACCAUAGCCGAGGACCUAAUCGAGUUGACGUCUGAAGCAGUCACUGCCCCAGAACCUCUAGAUGAUGAAUCAACAGAAAUGGUUUCAGCAGUGUCACAGCUGACAGAGGAGUCUCCCAAAACAUCAGGCAACACAACGCCUGUGCCUGCAGAAUACGAGUUGAAAGACACAGAGGUAAUUCUGCAUGAGGCGGUUGAAAUCAUUAACAGAACCCCAACCCUCUCAUCGGUAAUUACAAAAGACUCGCACUUGGAAGCAGUUACCGUUUCAGUUUCUCCACAAAUAUUACAGACACCAAAAGAGACGGAAGCAACAGUUUUGACAGCUCAUGAAAAAUCCGACGCAGUUGUAAUCUGCACAGGUGAAGAGUCGCAACAAAUAGAUGCUGUUGAUGAAAGCCCAGUGACUCAUGUGGUGGAGUGUCCAUUAGAAGUCAGCAAGGUAGUACCCAAAGAGUUGGCACCUGAGGAAACUGAAGAGUCUGGUUCUGCAGGAAUCACUACAGAUGAGGUACAUAAAGCUGAAGAUGAAUCAAUUCCAAUCAUGCAUAUAAAAAUUGAAAAGGACCAACAAACAGAAUUGGUAAACAAGUUAGAAGAGAUAAGACCAGUAGCCACUGUUAAUUCAGAAGAGGGUGUAGCUCAGGUUGAAGGAAAGGCCAUAGCAGAAGACACUCCACAGCCUGAUACAGAGCGCCUGGAAGUGUCGGUCACAAACAAACUUGUUUUCACACAGGCUCUCACGGAGGUCACUCUUAAAGAAGAAAAAUAUGUUUCGGAGGAUGUUUCGGAAGAUUCUGCAGACAAGGAGAAUACACCAGUUGCAGAAACAAUCACAUGUGAUGUUCAAGAUGUCGCUACUGCAAUACCUGACGUUCUGAAGUUAGAAUCAUCAAAUGUUUUGGAAUCUUUGAUUGGCAUAGUGGCACCUGAAGUAGAAUCCCCAGAGAAAAUGGAUUGUGUGGGUGCUCUAAGCCCACUUGUAGACUCUUCUAUGGUUCAGACACUAAAGAAAGGGGACAUGGUUAUGAGGAAGAAUGUGCCAUCAGCACAGUUUGUUGAUGGUCUUGAGAUCCGAGUACAAGUGACGGAUGCAGAGAUAAAGUCAGCUGAAGAAACUGUUGAAACAGUGCUUGAAGUUAGCUCAACUGAUGUCAAUGAUCAUGAGACUCUUGUACAACAGGUGAACGCUGAGAUUGAAUCAGCUGAAGCACAUGUUGAGACAACCCUUGAGUUGGGCACAACUGACGAUCACGAGAUCACAGUACAAGUGGCGGAUGCAGAGCUAAAGUCUGCUCAAGUAAUUAUUGAGAAUGUGCUUGAAGUUGGCUUAACUGAUGUCACUGAUCAUGAGAUCAAAGUACAAGAGAUGGAUGUAGAGAUUGAAUCAGCUGAAGCAAUUGUUGAUGCAGUUUUUGUGGUCUUAACUGAUGUCAAGGGUCAUGAGAUCCAAGUGCAAGUGACGGAGGCAAAUGCUGAGAUUGGGUCAGCUGAAGCGAUUCUGGAGACAGCACUUGAGGUGGUUUCCUCAACCGAUGUUAAGGAAGUCAUAGACAUUUGUGACAAAAUGGAGGACAAUGGAGAGGGUGAGAAUGCCAUUGAGAAGAUUGAGGAGGCCAUGUUUGAAGAGGAAAGCAGUAUUAUAACUCAAGAAAUACUCCAACAUGUACAGCAGAACUCAUCAGAAGCUGACUCCAAUGUUGUACCACAAUCAAGUGAAAAGGCUGAAAUUGAAUUAACGAGUGAAGCCGAAGUUUCUAAAUCACCAGAGGGUAUACCAGUGGUGGCAGUUACAGAUGCUCAAGGAUGUACAGGUGUAGCUGCACAGGUGCAAAAUAAAAUGUACUUAUUUGAAAACUACUUAGAACUUAAUACUCAGGGAAUUGUGCACAAACUUUCAGACAAAGAAACUGAGCCCUCAAUUUCUCUCAAAGUUGAUACAGUAUGUGAGGAUAGAACAACUCCCGAGACAUUUGCAGAGUCUACUUUCGAGGUUGACAAAGUACCAGAUGACAUAGUUCCCAAUACAUUUGUAGAGUCCUGUUUGCAGUCAAAUGUGCAAGAAGUUUAUGGAACGGAGGUUGAAUUUAUUAUUGCGUCCGAAGUAGAUUCAGACUCUACCAGUGGGCAUGAGAAAGAACUGGUUGCAAUGGUAGUACAAUCAGCAAAGGAAUCAGUUGAAUCAUUUGAAAAGAGACUAUCUAUUGAAUCCCAUGUCCAUAUCCAUCUUCACAUUGAACCCAGAGACGCUGGAGUGGUGUCUGCAGGAUUGGAUUCACCACCACUUGCUAUUUGGCCACCUCCAAGUACUACUGCAGUGAACACUGAUAGCUUUCUGAAAGAAUCAAUAGAAAGUGCAAGUACUACUGCAAAAAGUGCUGUGAAUACUGACUGUGUUCCAACAGAAUCAAUGGAAAGUACUCAACUUUGUGAAAUCAGUCAAAUUGAGCAAACAAAUGACACUGCACCUCCAGCACCACUGCAUACCCCUCCAGCACCACUGCAUACGAUUCCAGCACCACUGCAUACCCGAACUGAACUAGUGGUGUGCACCCCAAACCCUGAAGCAGAAGAGGUAAUGAUGAAUGCAGAAGAGUCUAUCCUACACACAGAGGACGAGAAUGACCAAGAAGUGUGGCUGGAUGCUGAGGAAGAUUUUGGCACAGUAAAAUCCCAUGUCUUAGAAGUUCCGAGCAACAAAAUAGGUGGAGGAGUAGAGGAGAUGCUGCAGGUCAGUGAAGAGGUCUUUGAUAUUGCACUUGAGCCUCAAAGCUUUCAAUCUAUAAGUGAAAACAAAUGAGACUUCAGCCAUUCCAACAAACUGAUGUAUUAUGAGUGCUGGACUACCAAGGAAUCCCUGAAAGAGAAGGUAGAAGUCCAUACACGAAUGAUGACCCACCACAACGGAGGUAAAGCUGCAUCCAUCCUGACUUCCAUUACCAAGCACACUUUUGCAUCUAGAGACCUUCUUCAGCUCUUUGGAUACAUUCACAUUAGUUGCAAGGCUAUUAUAUCAGUAUGUCUGUUAAGUACUUGUACCUCUUUGAAUACAAUCCUUGUUCCUGUUCAUGUCAUAUUAUCAGAAGUUGGAGGUAUGAUAAUUUAUACUACAUAUUAUCUAUGUUUGAAUUAAGACAAUUUGUCCUUCCCUUUGCAUCAGAUACGUUUAUUUUACACAGAGUAUCUGAGUUUAAUUUUCUUUACUCAUAAUGUAAUUUGUGGAUUGAACAGUAGUCUAACAUUUAUUUGUAUCAACAUAUAAUACACUCACAUUACAUUCAACACAGGACAUAUUUACCCACUGCUCACCAAAAGAAUGCAAAGACAAACUGUGAUUAGAUAUACAGGUAUGUAGAUUUUUUCAGGAUCUUUCUGUGUUUUAUCAGUCUUCCGUCAGACAGUAAAUGUUUGCUCAAAUCAGCACAUACCAGUAAUAUAACAUUUGCUCAGAGAUGUGUAGUGACUAGAAUUUGUAUCACAUUGCAUUUGCACGAAUGAGAUCAUUCCUUUAAAUAUUGCCAUUGAUCUUCAUCAUCUCAUAGAAUUAUAUAGUUGACUUACUAUAUGCAAAGUUUGCAAACUAUGCACCGCAAUGGUUAGUUGACACAGACCAAAAUACUGAUACAAAAUGCUUAUUUUAUCACUAGUUGCAUCUGAAAGACAAAACUAUAUUUGUGUAUUAGUUUUUUGGCCUGUGAACAUAUAUGUAAAGCUAUUUUGUUAACAAGUCACACAUACUGGCUUUGUUUGUCUAUAACUACAAAUAUAUUUGGUAAGUUUAAUUUCAGAUUUUAAAACUAUUGCAGAACAUAGCCUUAUUGAAUGCUUAUGCAAUGUCAUGAUGGCAGCUUGUUUCUACCUUUGCAAUAGUUUCAAUGUGUGUGUAUAUGUAUUGUUUUUCUUUUGACUUCUUGUAACAAAUUAUGUAAACCUGAUAACCUUUGUAGAAAUUAUAUAUUCCUGUUAAUGUAAUAUUAACUAAUAUCUAAAUGCAAAACAUAAGAGUUGCAUGGACAUUUUUAUAUUUCAAAGCGGUUAAUGAAAUAAAAUGCUAAUCUUUUUAUUACCACAAUGUUAAAAAUUUGCACAACUGUUUUGUCAUAUACAGUUAAAGUCAGAAGUUUACAUACACCUUAGCCAAAUACAUUUAAACUCGGUUUUUCACAAUUCCUGACAUUUAAUCCUAGUAAAAAUUCCCUGUCUUAGGUCAGUUAAGAUCACCACUUUAUUUUAAGAAUGUGAAAUGUCAGAAUAAUAGUAGAGAGAAUGAUUUAUUUCAGCUUUUGUUUCUUUCGUCACAUUCCCAGUGGGUCAGAGGUUUACAUCCACUCAAUUAGUAUUUGGUAGCAUUGCCUUUAAAUUGUUUAACUUGGGUCAAACGUUUCGGCUAGCCUUCCACAAGCUUCCCACAAUAAGUUUGGUGAAUUUUGGCCCAUUCCUCCUGACAGAGCUGGUGUAACGGAGUUAGGUUUAUAGGCCUCCUUGCUUGCACACGCUUUUUCAGUUCUGCCCACACAUUUUCUAUAGGAUUGAGGUCAGGGCUUUGUGAUGGCCACUCCAAUACCUUGACUUUGUUGUCCUUAAGCCAUUUUGCCACAACUUUGGAAGUAUGCUUGGGGUCAUUGUCCAGUUGGAAGACCCAUUUGCGACCAAGCUUUAACUUCCUGACUGAUGUCUUCGAGAUGUUGCUUCAAUAUAUCCACAUAAUUUUCCAUCCUCAUGAUGCCAUCUAUUUUGUGAAGUGCACCAGUCCCUCCUACAGCAAAGCACCCCCACAACAUGAUGCUGCCACCCCCGUGCUUCGCGGUUGGGAUGGUGUUCUUCGGCUUGCAAGCCCACCCCUUUUUCCUCCAAACAUAACGAUGGUCAUACUGGCCAAUCAGUUCUAUUUUUGUUUCAUCAGACCAGAGGACAUUUCUCCAAAAAGUACGAUCUUUGUCCCCAUGUGCAGUUGCAAACCAUAGUCUGACUUUUUUAUGGCGGUUUUGGAGCAGUGGCUUCUUCCUUGCUGAGCGGCCUUUCAGGUUAUGUCGAUAUAGGACUCGUUUUACUGUGGGUAUAGAUACUUUUGUACCUGUUUCCUCCAGCAUCUUCACAAGGUCCUUUGCUGUUGUUCUGGGAUUGAUUUGCACUUUUCACACCAAAGUACGUUCAUCUCUAGGAGACAGAAUGCGUCUCCUUCCUGAGCGGUAUGACGGCAGCGUGGUCCCAUGGUGUUUAUACUUGCGUACUAUUGUUUGUACAGAUGAACGUUGUACCUUCAGGCGUUUGGAAAUUGCUCCCAAGGAUGAACCAGACUUGUAGAGAUCAAUUUAUUUUGAUUUUCCCAUGAUGUCAAGCAAAGAGGCACUGAGUUUGAAGGUAGGCCUUGAAAUACAUCCACACCUACAAUUGACUCAAAUUAUGUCAAUUAGUCUAUCAGAAGCUUCUAAAGCCAUGACAUAAUUUUCUGGAAUUUUCCAAGAUGUUUAAAGGCACAGUCAACUUAUUGUAUGUAAACUUCUGACCCACUGGAAUUGUGAUACAGUGAAUUAAGUGAAAUAAUCUGUAAACAAUUGUUGGAAAAAUUACUUGUGUCAUGCACGAAGUAGAUGUCCUAACCGACUUGCCGAAACUAUAGUUUGUUUACAUGAAAUUUGUGGAGUGGUUGAAAACAGAGAUUUAAUGACUCCAACCUAAGUGUAUGUAAACUUCCGACUUCAACUGUAGAUAUUGGCUGGACCCCGAGCAGUCCUCCGAGCCAGAUAAAGGGGUUUACAUACAGCCUGAAGGACCACUCCGAGCCUCUCAGGGCCUUUCUUAUAUACAAGUUAUGGUUCUGUCACUAUGGUUCUACCUAUACUAAAUAAAGCAAGACACGUACAGUACUUACAAUA